CGUCCAGCGUCCCCUCCCCGGCGCAGACCCCGCAGAGAGGGGCGCUGGGGGUGAGGGCAGGAGCGGGGCGCGCAGCCCCGGUGGCCGGCGGAGGAUGAGGAGGCUGCCGAGCGCUGGCGGAGGAAGGACUCGACCAAGAGAGCACCGAGGAGAUGUCGGCUGUGAAGCCCGACAAGGGCGAAGGCGACGCCAGCAGCACGAGCAGCGCCGGCGGUGGGGAGGCGCAGGAGUCACAGCCGUCCCCGCUGGCCCUGCUGGCAGCCACCUGCAGCCGCAUGGAGUCUCCCAAUGAGAACUCCAACAGCUCCCAGGGCCAGCAGGGCGGGAGCGGCGAGCUGGACCUGAACGCGGCCGCCGCCCAGCUCACCCAGUCGGCCAACGGCUGGCAGAUCAUCUCGGCAGGCUCCAGCACCCCCACGGGCUCCAAGGAGCCGGGCAGCAACGGCAGCAACGGCGGCGACGCCUCCAAGAGCCGCCCGGUCAGCACCGGGCCCUACGUGGUCACCUCGGCGUCCGGCCUGCAGAACCAGCAGGUGCUCACAGGCCUGCCGGGCGUCAUCCCCAACAUCCAGUACCAGGUGAUCCCCCAGUUCCAGACCAUCGACGGGCAGCAGCUGCAGUUUGCCACCACCCCAGCGCAGGUGAACGUGCAGCAGGAUGCCUCGGGGCAGCUGCAGAUCAUCCCCGGCUCCAACCAGCAGAUCAUCACGAGCCGUGCGGGCGGCAGCAACCUCAUCGCCAUGCCCAACCUGCUGCAGCAGGCCGUGCCCAUCCAGGGCGUGGGGCUGGCCAACAACAGCCUCUCCGGGCAGACCCAGUACGUGGCCAACGUGCCCGUGGCCCUGAACGGCAACAUCACCCUGCUGCCGGUCAACAGCGUGGCCGCCAGCCUGGCCCCCACGUCCCAGACGGGCACCCUCAGCAGCUCGGGCUCGCCGGACAGCAGCUCCCAGCCGGCCACCUCGGGGGCUGCCAGCAGCUCGGGCAGCACGGCCACGUCCCAGGCCAGCUCAGGCGCCUUCUUCACCAACGCCAACAGUUACUCCACCACCACCACCACCAGUAACGUGGGCGUCAUGAAUUUCUCCACCAGCGCCACGGUGGGCACCAACGUGCAGGCGCAGACCCCCCAGAGGGCCAGCAGUGUCCCCAGCUCGGACUCUCUGCAGACCCCGGUGUCCGGGGUGGCCCUGCAGCCGGGGCAGCAGAAGGAGGGGGAUCAGAGUCAGCAGUCCCAGCAGCAGCAGCAGAUUCUGAUCCAGCCACAGCUGGUCCAAGGAGGGCAGACAAUCCAAGCCCUCCAGACCACCCCGCUGUCUGGCCAGACCUUUGCCACUCAAGCCAUCUCCCAAGACACCUUGCAGAACCUGCAGCUCCAGGCCGUGCCCAACUCCGGCCCCAUCAUCAUCCGCACGCCCACGGUGGGUCCCAACGGGCAGGUGAGCUGGCAGACCAUCCAGCUGCAGAACCUGCAGGUGCAGAACCCCCAGGCGCAGACAAUCACGCUGGCCCCCAUGCAGGGAGUGUCGCUGGGCCAGACGGGCAGCACCAGCACCACGCUGACCCCCAUCGCCUCCCUGCCCAGCGGCACCGUCACCGUCAACGCCGCCCAGCUCUCCUCCGUGCCGGGCCUCCAGACUAUUAACCUCAGUGCCUUGGGAGCGUCCGGGAUCCAGGUGCACCAGCUGCAGGGGCUGCCCCUGGCCAUCGCCAACGCCCCCGGUGAGCACGGGGCCCAGCUGGGGCUGCACGGCAGCAGCGGGGACGGGCUGGGCGACGAGAGCGCGGCCGUGGAGGAGGGGGAGACCAGCCCCGACCCCCAGCCCCAGCAGGGCCGGAAAACGCGGAGGGAAGCCUGCACCUGUCCCUACUGCAAGGAAGGAGAGGGCAGGAGCUCUGGGGAUCCAGGGAAAAAAAAGCAGCACAUCUGCCACGUGCCGGGCUGCGGGAAGGUGUACGGGAAGACCUCGCACCUGCGGGCGCACCUGCGGUGGCACACGGGGGAGAGGCCCUUCAUCUGCACCUGGGUGCUGUGCGGGAAGCGCUUCACCCGCUCCGACGAGCUGCAGCGGCACAAGCGCACGCACACAGGAGAGAAGAAGUUCGCCUGCCCGGAGUGCCCCAAACGCUUCAUGCGCAGCGACCACCUCUCCAAGCACAUCAAGACCCACCAGAACAAGAAGGGAGGCGCCACCAACGUGGCCAUGAACGUCUCGGCCGUCCCCAUGGACACGGCGGCCUCGGCCGAGGGCAACGGCGGCGCCACGCCCUCGGCCCUCAUCGCCACCAACAUGGUGGCCAUGGAGGCCAUCUGCCCCGAGGGCAUCGCCCGCCUGGCCAGCAGCGGCAUCAACGUCAUGCAGGUGGCCGACCUGCAGUCCAUCAACAUCAGCGGCAACGGCUUCUGAGCCCGCGGCCAGCACGGGGACGGCGACGGAGCCGCCGGCGUCGGCACCUCCAGCACUACCCCAGCCCGGCACCGCUGCCACCUCCACUCGAAGGCCAGAGCUAUAUAUAUAUAUUUUUUAAUUUCGGCUUGAUUUUUUUUUUUUUUCCCCCUUUUUUUUGUCCGUUUUUCCUCCCCACCCCUCCUGCCUCCCCACCCGAGGUCCCUUGGCGUCAUCAUGCCUUGGUCCUUUUAGCAAAAAAAAAAAAAAAAAAAAAACCAAACAAAAAAAAAAACCCCAAUGACAAAUACCAACAAAACAACACAAAAAAAAAAAAACAAAAAAACAAACACAAAAAAAACCAAAAAAGCGAAAAAAAUCCAAAAAAAAAAAAAAAAGAAGAGAAAAGAUUCUAUAUUAUUAUUAUAUAUAUAAAAAUAUAAAAUGUGUUCGUUUGAGAGAGGAGAGAUGUUGCUGUGACCAUGGCGUGGUCCCUUUGAUGCCUUAUCCUGGAGCAGGUCGACCCCUCUGGGGCACCUUGGCCGAUGCCCGAGCUCUCCCUCCCUCCCUGGAUCCCAUUUCCCACCAGAAUCCCCCAACCCCCCUCCCCGGGCUGUCGGACGCUUUGCUCUGAGGUGACUCCGUCAUUCCUUUGGCAUUCUCGGGGGAGAUCCCGCUGGAUUUUUCACCCUUGGACUCCCACUGCCCUCCCCUGCCUUGGCAGGUGUUGUUUUUAUUUUUUUUUUUUCUCGGAUCUUGGUUUUUUCCAGCCGUUUUCUUGGCGAGGCUCCCCGUCCCGUGGGAGUGGAGCUGCUCCAUGGGAAGGUCGUGGACAGAGGGGCUGGGACGCAGCCCUGGGGGGAACAACUGGAGCCUCCUCGGGGGGGAAAAGUUGAUUUUUUUAAAUUACAGCCAGCAUUGGAAUUAAUAAUAAUAAUAGUAAUAAUCGGGAAAAAGGAGAAUCUGCGGAGCUCAGCCAGUCUGGAGCGAGGGGGAAGCACCGCAGGGACACGAGGGACACUCAAGGGUUUUGUUGUGGCACCAACAAAAAAAAGAAAGGGUGCUGGAAAUAGGGACAGCUUGGGAAAAAAAAAAAAAAAAAAAAGCAAAAAACCCAAAAAGGGUUUUCCAGGAUCCUGCUUCCCGCCGUGGGAGGGCUCGGUCCUUUCCGUUCUUCCUCCCACACCCUCCUCUUCCUGCCCCAGGCACAUCCCGGCCGCCCUGCCUGGGUUCCGUCCCCAAACGGGGGCUGUGGGGUGCGGGGAGCGGAUCCCCGGAGGGGGAAAUCUGGGAUUGUUCCCAAGCAGCAGCUUUGGCCCUGGAAUGACCCCGGGCUGUGGAGCCGAGGAGGAGGAGGAGGGGACAAAGCUGACCCAGAGCUUCCCCGCUCCCGUUUUGGGGUUGGGGCGUGACCCCCUCUCUCUCUGGGGGGUGCAGAGGGGAGACCCCCCAGGAUCACGGCAGAUCCACGAAUCCCUCCUGCCCCGGGCGUUCAUCCCAACUGCCCCGGGCCUUCAUCCCAACUGCCCCGGGCCAUUCAUCCAACUGCCCUGGGCCUUCAUCCCUCCUGCCCCGGGCCUUCAUCCCUCCUGCCCCGGGCCUUCAUCCCAACUGCCCCGGGCCAUUCAUCCAACUGCCCUGGGCCUUCAUCCCUCCUGCCCCGGGCCUUCAUCCCAACUGCCCCGGGCCUUCAUCCAACUGCCCCAGGCGUUCAUCCAACUGCCCCGGGCCUUCAUCCCUCCUGCCCCGGGCCUUCAUCCCUCCUGCCCUGGGCCUUCAUCCCUCCUGCCCCGGGCCUUCAUCCAACUGCCCCGGGCCUUCAUCCCAACUGCCCCGGGCCUUCAUCCCUCCUGCUCCAGGCCGUUCAUCCCAACUGCCCCGGGCUUUCAUCCCUCCUGCCCUGGGCCAUUCAUCCCAACUGCCCCGGGCUAUUCAUCCCAACUGCCCCAGGCCUUCAUCCAACUGCCCCGGGCCUUCAUCCCUCCUGCCCCGGGCCUUCAUCCCAACUGCCCCGGGCCUUCAUCCCUCCUGCUCCGGAUGCCCCGGGCUGUUGAUCUCUCCUGCCCCAGGCCAUUCAUCCCAACUGCCCCGGGCCUCUCAUCCCUCCUGCCCCGGGCCCUUGGGGCGUUGUUCCUCCCAGUGCUUCCCACCCUUCUCCUGCUCCCCUUUCCCGGGAGAAGCUCCGGCAGAGCCGAGACCACGGGGCAGGUGCCAGGAAGGUGCCGGAGUCCCUCGGGGCAGCCUCUGGAGCAGAGCUGACCCCGCUGCCCCAUCUCCAUCCCCGGGCUUUGCCCCGCUCGGGAGCUCCGGGAGCCAGCGGGAAUCUUGUUUUGAUUUGGGUUGUUUUUUUUUUUUUUUUUAAACACGCAAAAAAAAAAAAGGAAAGGCAGCAGAAGCUCCCUGGGGAGGGGGCGCAGGGCCCGGCCCCCCCAGCCCCCCCCAGCUCUCUCUCUCGAUAUCUAUUUUUGCAUUUGUAUAUUUUUAUAUAGGAAACUUUAAGCAUUUGUAUUUUAAUAACCCUGUGAAGCACUAUGAGCUCCCCCCCCCAACCCCCCCAGCCCAAAACCCACAAAGGAUUGGGACAAAAAACAGGAGGUUUCUUAAUUUAAUGUUCAAUUUGGUGAUUUUACCCCCACCCCCGACCCCCUCCCCGAGCCCAGCUCUGUCCCCAGAGGGGAUCAAGUGCCAAACCCGAUCCCGGAGCCGGUGUUGGGAUGUCCCCGGCGUGUCCCCUGCCGGGGAUGGCCCCGGUGUCCCUUCCCCACGGAUUGUCCCCAAAGGAGCUUGGCUUUCCUAUGGAAACGCAGCCGCGAGGGAGGGGCACCCCAGGGACCCCCGGGGGUCUCUGCUCAGAGCCUGGGCUGCUCCCCUGCGGUUUUUGGGGGGGGGAUCAGAGCAUUUUGGGGGGGUCCACACCACCAGCGCUGCUCCCAGUGCCAGGGGUGGGGGACAGCUGGAUCCCACCGCCCCCAUUUUGGCUCUGAUGGCACCGGGGUCCCCACCCUGCUCCUGGGCACCCCCCACCCCGCCCCAAGCCCCCCCAGCAGCCCCCAAACCCCCCCCAGCCAUUCCCGGGACACAAAACACAAAUGUGCCUUGACAAGGGGGUGACAGGCUGGGGAUGAGCCCCCCCUGCUCCGCUCCUGCACCCCACAGAGGGUCUGGGGGGGGCUCUGGGGGCUGUCCCCGAGGCUGCCCCCAUCUCCCAGCUUUAAUCCACUGUCACCCCUUCAUUCCGGGGGGGCCGGGGCCGGUUCUCUAUGCAGCGGGGGGGUUCUGGGGGGUCCAGCCCCCCCAAACUGGCAAUAAUUCUCUCCCUGUUUGAUCUCGUCCCGUCUCUGUUGUUUUAAUUUGGGGAAGGGGAGGGGAGGGGGGUUGGUUUUUACAAAUCCGGUGGCUGAUGUCAUAAACCUCCCCCCCCCAAAGGCGAUUUUUUUUUGGAGGGGGGGGGAGGGUGGUGGAUGAUUUUUUUUUUUUUUGGGUCCCAAAGUGCUAUUUUUUUGUACAAAAAGACUUAGAUGAAACUGUUAGUUUUGGGGGGCUCCUUUGUAAAUGGGGAACGACGAGUUCUUUUUGUAAUAAACACGAGUCGCUGG